UGGAAGUAUACCUUCGUACGGAGUACUAAGAUUGCAAUAUGGAUGUAUGUAUGUAUAUAUAUGUGCCGUAUCUUACAUAGGCGCCCAAGCAACUGGUUGUCGGAUUACACCAUAACAAGUGUACUGUGAUUUCGUACGGUACGGUAACCACCGAUCUUUUACACCCUUUGGCCUUGUGGUUAUCCGCCGCGGGGCUCAAAAACAAGGCUCCAAUUAAAUGGAACAAAGGGGAUCACGGACAUGGACAAUCACAGCAGCUUAAGAAUCCAGAGGAAUCCUCACCCACAACAACAACAACACCCUACAUCUACUUAUCUGGGCAUUGUAUCGACACUGGUGUCUCCAAAAUCUUUUCUUUUCAACCAUCAACGCUCGAAACCCCCGCCGCCAAAAUCCCCAACUUCGCACCCUGCCGCGUCGCCGACGAUGGACAAAGCGCAGCAGCCUAGCUCCUUUCAACAGCUCGAAAAGCUUGGAGAAGGAACGUAUGCCACUGUAUUCAAGGGCCGAAACCGUCAGACUGGCGAGCUAGUGGCUUUGAAGGAAAUUCAUCUCGAUUCCGAGGAGGGGACACCAUCAACGGCCAUUCGGGAGAUAUCAUUGAUGAAGGAGCUCAAGCAUGAGAGCAUUGUUUCGCUUUACGACGUCAUCCAUACUGAAAACAAGCUGAUGCUCGUUUUUGAAUAUAUGGACAAGGAUCUGAAGAAGUACAUGGACACCAGAGGCGAACGGGGACAACUAGACCAGGCGACGAUCAAGUCAUUCAUGCACCAGCUCCUCAAGGGUAUCGCGUUCUGUCACGAGAAUCGAGUCCUCCACCGUGACUUGAAACCCCAGAAUCUCUUGAUUAACAAAAAGGGGCAACUCAAACUAGGAGACUUUGGUCUUGCGCGGGCUUUUGGCAUUCCCGUCAAUACAUUUUCGAACGAAGUAGUGACCCUAUGGUACCGCGCCCCCGAUGUCCUCCUCGGCAGCAGGACGUAUAAUACAAGUAUUGACAUUUGGUCUGCUGGGUGUAUCAUGGCGGAAUUGUACACUGGCCGUCCACUGUUCCCAGGCACCACCAAUGAGGAUCAGUUGCAGAAGAUCUUCCGUCUCAUGGGAACGCCGUCGGAGCGCUCGUGGCCCGGUAUCUCUCAAUUGCCAGAAUACAAGCCCAAUUUCCACGUCUAUGCGACACAAGAUUUAGGCCUCAUAUUGCCCCAAAUCGAUCCUCUCGGGCUCGAUUUGCUCAACAGGAUGCUCCAACUACGACCCGAGAUGCGGGUUAGUGCUCACGACGCACUGCAGCACCCGUGGUUCCACGAUCUGCCUCAAAUGCAGGCACAGCUGCAGCAGCAACAGCAACAGCAACAGCAAAUGUCCGGAUACGGAGGGAUGGUUGCUUCCCAGCAGGCGUAUUAAUGAAACAGGGGACUCAUUGUUUUGUUUCCGCUUCUUUCCUUUCUUUUCCCUUUUUCUUUUUACUCUUAUCAUUUGUCGACACAAAUGA